UGAAAUUGGUUUUAGUACUAGUGUGUUCAGUCACUCUCGAGGUAUCAUGAAUUUCGACGGCAAAGUUGUUCUCGUAACUGGCAGCAGCUCAGGCAUUGGAGCUGCCAUCGCAAUUCAAUUUUCACAACUUGGUGCCAAAGUUUCCUUAGUAGCAAGAAACGAGAAAAAGCUUAAUGAAGUCGCAAAAAAAUGCAAAGAUCCAUUGGUAAUAAUUGCCGAUGUUACUAAAGAAGAUGACGCUAAGAGGAUAGUCGCAGACACAGUGAAACACUAUGGACAACUAGACGUUCUCGUAAAUAGCGCUGGUAUUUGUGUAGGGGCAAGUAUUUUAGCAGAAAAUACUAUGAAAGCUUACGACCAAGUAAUGGCGACCAACCUCCGUGCUAUCGUUCACUUAACCCAUCUUGCUGCUCCACACAUCAUUAAAACAAAAGGUAACAUUGUCAAUAUAUCAAGUAUCUCUGCUUUGCGGACUAUUUCAAAAGAGGGCUUUGCGUACAACACUGCGAAGGCAGGGUUAGACCAUUUCACUAGAUCAAUUGCAGCAGAACUUGCGUCGAGUGGUGUUCGCGUCAAUGCUGUCAACCCAGGAAUGGUGAAGACUGAUCUUCUAACCAAUAUGGGGCUACCUGAAGAACAGAGAGAGCCUAUUUAUGAAUUUAUGAAGACUUUUACAGCGCAGAAGCGGGUUUCUGAUCCAGAAGAAAUUGCUGAGGUUGUUGUGUUCUUGGCGAGCGACAAGGCUAAAGCAAUUACUGGUGCUAACUACUUAUGUGAUAAUGGCGUCUCGGUUAAAGUUGAUUGAAUUUGACUGACAGUUCCAACUAAUGAAGAAAUGACAAAUAAAUAUUUUUUAAUUAUUUGAA